AUGCAGGUGUGGGAUGACGAGCAGUGGCUACAGAACUUUUGGAUGCGGAAAGCCACCUUCCUGGACCUGUGUGUGGAGCUCGCCCUAGUACCGCAGCUCAAAGACACCAGAAUAAGAGCUGCCCUAUUGGUAAAGAUGCACAUGGCAAUCACUGCAUGGAAGCUGGCGACGCUAGACUGCUACCGGUUGGUCGCAAAUCAAUUUGGAGUUGGGAAGUUGACCGUUGGGGCUGUGUUAAUGCAAGUGUGCAGGGCAAUUAAUUGCAUCCUGCUACAAAGGACCGUUACUCUGGGAAAUGUGCGUGUAAUAGUGGACGGCUUUGCAGAAAUGGGUUUCCCUAACUGUGGAGGUCUGAUAGAUGACACACACAUUCCAAUUUUGGCACCAGACCACCUUGCAAUGGAGUACAUCAAUAGGAAGGGGUACUUCUCCAUGGUGCUGCAGGCACUUGUGGAUCACCGUGGGCAUUUCACUGUCAUCAAUGCGAGGUGGUCCAGGAAGGUGCAUGACGCACACAUCUUCAGGAACACCGGCCUAUAUAGAAAGCUACAAGUGGGGACUUUCUUUCCAGACCAGAAGAUUACAGUGGGGGACGUUGAAAUGACCAUAGUGAUCCCGGGAGACACAGCAUAUCCGUUACAGACCUGGCUCAUGAAACAUGACAUGGAAAACCUGGACAGCAGUAGGGAGUGGUUCAACAACAGGCUGAGUAGGUGUCGGAUGACAGUGGAAUGUGCCUUUGGCAGAUUAAAGGCGUGCUGGCGAUGCCUUUAUGGCAGGUUAGACUUCGAUGCGGAUAAUAUUCCCAUUGUCAGAGCCGCAUGUUGUACAUUGCAUAAUCUUUGUGAAGUUGAGGGUGAAAAGUUUGCUCAGGGGUGGAGUGGUGAGGCAGACUACUUGGCUGCUGAGUUUGAGCAGCCAGAUACCAGGGCUAUCAGAGGGUCCCAGAGGGGGGCAAUUCGAAUCAGGGAGGCUUUGAGGCAACACUUUGAAAAUGAGAACCAGUAA